UCGCGGCCUGUGCAGAGCGAGAGCGACCGCGCCUACGGAGUUGGGAGUCCGGUGACCGCGUCUACCUGGUAGCUUGUCAGUGCGUCUGGGACUGCAGAACUAGGCGGCGGCUGAGGCCAAGGACCCGGAAGCCUGCCCGAGAUGAUGCCGAUGAUAUUAACAGUGUUCCUGAGCAACAAUGAACAGAUUUUAACAGAAGUUCCAAUCACACCUGAAACAACAUGUCGAGAUGUUGUGGAAUUUUGCAAAGAACCUGGAGAAGGGAGCUGUCAUUUGGCAGAAGUUUGGAGGGGAAAUGAACGUCCUAUCCCCUUUGAUCAUAUGAUGUAUGAACAUUUACAAAAGUGGGGACCCCGAAGAGAAGAAGUGAAAUUUUUCCUUCGUCAUGAGGAUUCCCCAACUGAAAGCAAUGAACAAGGUGGCCGACAGAUCCAAGAUCAAAGAAAUCAAAGAAAUGGAAUAAGUGCAUCUACUGAGAAACAUAAUGAAAACGGGGUUGGAAAUCCCCGGGUUGAACUUACACUUUCAGAACUCCAGGAUAUGGCUGCUCGACAACAGCAGCAAAUUGAAAAUCAGCAGCAAAUGUUGGUUGCCAAGGAGCAGCGUUUACAUUUUCUAAAGCAACAAGAGCGUCGCCAGCAGCAGUCUAUUUCUGAAAAUGAAAAGCUGCAAAAGCUUAAAGAAAGGGUAGAGGCCCAAGAGAAUAAGCUGAAGAAGAUCCGUGCCAUGAGAGGCCAAGUAGACUACAGCAAGAUCAUGAACGGCAACCUUUCUGCGGAAAUUGAAAGAUUCAGUGCCAUGUUCCAGGAGAAGAAGCAAGAGGUGCAAACUGCAAUUCUACGAGUAGAUCAGCUCAGUCAGCAGCUGGAGGAUUUAAAGAAGGGGAAACUGAAUGGAUUCCAGUCUUAUAAUGGCCGAUUGAGUGGACCUGCUGCAGUGGAAUUGAAAAGAUUAUACCAAGAACUCCAAAUUCGGAAUCAGCUUAAUCAGGAACAGAAUUCCAAACUUCAGCAGCAGAAGGAUCUUUUAAAUAAACGUAAUAUGGAGGUUGCUAUGAUGGACAAACGAAUCAAUGAACUCCGCGAGCGUCUUUAUGGGAAAAAAAUUCAGGCACGUCAAAAAGAAAACAUUGCUUUAAAUCGAGUUAAUGGAACAGCAUCACCACAAUCAUCCUUGAGUGCAUCUGGGAGAAUAGCAGCAGUGGGCCCUUAUAUACAAGUUCCUAGUGCUGGUAACUAUUCUGUACCAGGUGACCCAAUAAAGCCGCAAUCUCUCACUAUUGCUUCAAAUGCAGGUCAUGGAAGAUCCAAAUCUGCUAAUGAUGGAAACUGGUCGGCACCAAAACAAACCUCUAGCACUUCAGUAAAACCAGUUCAGACAGCUAAUGUGGAAUGGAAGGAAUCAGGGAUGGAUGGGGCUUUCAAGCAAGUGACAAUAUCAAGCCAGCCCCUGCCCUUGUCAGCUUUGGCAAGCACAGAAAAGCCGGGCAUUGAUAUUGGGAAAGCCCCACCCAUUCCGGGUGCAAGUAAACAGUUGCCUCCAAACUAUGGAACCUAUCCAAGCCCUGUUCCUUUGGGUCCAGGCUCUACAAAUUCUUUGGAACGGAGGAAAGAUGGCAGCCUCCCCAGAUCCAGCACAGGCGUAACAAAUCGACAGAAACCUGCUCCCCUCCCUGCUUCAAGCAACAUUCACCAGCCUAGUUCUUCACAACAGAUUCAGCAAAGGAUUUCUGUACCUCCAAGUCCUACGUAUCAGCCAUCUGGUCCUCCCUUGUUUCCAUCUGGAGAUGGCAGGCCUGAACUCCCCUUAACUGUGGCUAUUAGACCAUUCUUGGCUGACAAAGGAUCAAGGCCUCAGUCUCCCAGAAAAGGACCUCAGACAGUGAACUCAAGUUCCAUUUACUCCAUGUAUCUUCAGCAAGCUACACCACCUAAGAAUUACCAGCAGGCUGUGUAUAAUACUCUAAAUAAGUCCGUUAAAGCAGUUUACGGGAAGCCUGUCUUGCCAUCUGGCUCUGGCUCUACUUCUCCAUCACCACUGCCAUUUCUUUAUGGACCUUUGUCCUCAAAUACAUCACAACCACAGCCUGAACUUACUGAGAAAGAUCAGGAGCAAGAAAAUAUCCCACCUUCUGGGGAAAACAGCAAUGUGGAAAAUAUCCCACGACCCCUCAGCCCCACUAAGCUCACUCCCAUUGUCCAUUCACCUCUGAGAUAUCAGAGUGAUGCAGAUCUGGAAGCUCUGAGAAGGAAAUUGGCCAAUGCCCCUCGCCCUUUAAAAAAACGCAGUUCCAUCACAGAGCCAGAAGGCCCCAGUGGACCAAAUAUCCAGAAAUUGCUAUAUCAGCGCUUCAAUACCCUUGCUGGUGGGAUGGACAGUGCACCUUUCUAUCAACCAAGCAACUCACAGGACUUCAUAGGCACUUUGGCAGAUGUUGAUAAUGGAAAUACGAAUACCAAUGGCAACCUAGAAGAACCUGUUCCUGCACAGCCUACAGUUCCUCCAUCUGAAGAGCCUCCACCAUCAUCAGAUGCCAAUGAUAACGAAUUGCCAUCCCCUGAAACUGAGGAGCUGAUUAGCACAGAAACUACCAACCAAGGCCCUGAGACUGCAGAAGAUAACAACAACAAUGUGGCUAUGUUCCCAGCUGGGGAACAGGUACCACACCCCACAGCAGAGGUCAGUUCUCCCAGAGAAGAAGAGGCUCCUGCCCCACCUGCUCCUUCCUCUGCUGGUCUUCCAGCCGCCUCAACAACAGCGACAAUACAGAUUAAACGUACAAACCUGAAGAAACCAAACUCUGAACGGACUGGUCAUGGAUUGAGGGUAAAGUUUAAUCCUUUGGCUUUGCUCUUGGAUGCAUCUUUAGAAGGGGAAUUUGACCUGGUACAAAGGAUAAUCUAUGAGGUGGAAGACCCCAGCAAGCCUAAUGAUGAAGGCAUCACCCCCUUGCAUAACGCAGUGUGUGCUGGCCAUCACCACAUCGUGAAGUUUUUGCUUGAUUUUGGUGUUAAUGUGAAUGCAGCUGACAGUGAUGGAUGGACACCUCUACACUGUGCAGCUUCAUGCAACAGUGUCCACCUCUGCAAACAGCUGGUAGAAAGUGGGGCAGCAAUUUUUGCUUCAACUAUUAGCGACAUCGAAACGGCUGCUGACAAGUGUGAAGAAAUGGAAGAAGGCUAUAUUCAGUGCUCCCAGUUUUUAUAUGGUGUCCAGGAAAAGCUGGGUGUGAUGAACAAAGGAGUGGUCUAUGCUCUUUGGGACUAUGAAGGUCAGAAUAGUGAUGAGCUGUCAUUCCAUGAAGGGGAUGCCAUCACUAUCUUGAGGCGUAAAGAUGACAGUGAAACAGAAUGGUGGUGGGCUCGCCUUGGGGAACGAGAAGGUUAUGUGCCUAAAAACUUACUGGGGUUAUAUCCACGAAUCAAACCUAGACAGCGAACCCUAGCUUGAAUGUUGUGGAGCAGUGCAAUUUUGCCAUUACGAGAAGUCACAGAAGACCUAUCCUGCCGAAGGAAUUUUGAAGCUGGAGAACUCUCACUUUAAUGGUGCUCUCAUUAACAUCUGUACUUUGUAAGUGAGGCCCUUCCUUCUAAUCAGUCAGCAUCCAUGCAUGGUACUUGUGUGUCCAUGAAUUCUGUAUUUUGCCAAUUACAUGAAGACAGAAUAAAUAAAAGGCCUUCAAAACAGUCACAUAGAAAUCCGAUAAACUAGCUUUUAGUUGCCAAAAAUGAAAUCAAAUGUAUGUAAAGAAUUUCUUCCAUCAUAAAGUGUUCUAGAAAUAUCAGGUGACAGUCCAUCGUUUGAGAAAAGAAUUUGUGCACCCUAGGCAUGGUUUGAAAAACUGCCUCCAGAGGCUUUGAGACGAACACAUUUGGCUUUAUUUUUAAUCACUGAUCCCUUUAAGCCAUUGAGAAUGGAGUUUUCUGGCAUUUAAAGCGUGGUUAUGAAAACCUUUAAGUUCCCUUCCCUGAGUAGUUUCAUAUGUUGUGCUAUCAACCCUGGGUUGGUCCCCAUUUUGCUUAGUUCUAUUCCAGUAAAUUUUAAAAUUGGUUAUUCUGCAUUCUCUCCCCAUUAACUACUUAAGCCAGAUUCUUGCAAACUGUCAUGAUUGCUAAGUCCCAGCUCUCUGUUGUAGCAUUUCUUGGCACACCCACCCCCCCAAUCCCCUCUGUUUACCAAAGGAUCUCUUAAAGGGAACUUGUCAGUGUUCUUACAAAAUGCAGGUGUUCUGUCUUAGGCCUAGAUUUUGAUAUCCUAUUUUCCAUUUUGUUGUGGAUCUGCCAGAGACUGUCAUACACUUCACUUCCACUGUUAAUUUAUUCUACUGUCAAGGGCAAAAACUUUUCCUUACGUAAGCCUGGUAUUUCCUUGAGAUCUCUGGUAUCAGAGAGCUUAAAGAAAAAGUUUAAAUGAAUGGUUUAAUUUAUUUGAAGAGCCUAACAGUAGUAGGUUCCCUCAUCUCCUGAGUUGAACGAGUUUUGUUUCUAAAACCUUCACUGAUCUGUGUUAAUACUAAUAGCUUAAAUUUGUUCUGAAUCUGAAAGCAGUCAGUAACACUGGAGCUAGAGUCAAGUUAAGUCAGAAUUUCAAGGUAUGUAUGUCUAAGUAGAUGGAAAGACAAUAGUUGAGCAGAGUCAGAGCUGUGUAAGUGACUAGGGGAUGCCGUGAUAGCAGUUGAAAGACUGAACUAGCACUGAGAACAUUACUCAAUGCUAGUAGCAUUGUGGUGAAAAAAAUGGAAAUUAAUCUCUGAGAUGGAAAUCCUAGACAAGGGAAAAAGACGGGUGCAUUGUUGAGCCAGGAGGAGGACAGUUGCUAUGGUUCUCAACAGUCCGAUACCUAAUUUGGGGCCAGUUAUGCAAUAAUGUUGUCCACUAUUUUGUAGGUAAGAGGAAACUAAAGCACUUCACUGGAGUUUGAACUAUAUGAUAUGCUUUUAUAUACCAAAAGUAUUUUUUUGAAUUUUAUCUUUGAGUUGUAGCAAUGUUGGAAAUAUGUUUCUCAUUAAAGUGUAGGAUGUUUUCCAUGUAUAAGUCUUGUGUAUAAUUUAUAUGUGUAUUAUCUAUCUAUAUAUCUAUAUAAAAACAAUUGAUGCAGUGCUGUAACUGACUACAUUUUAGCAUUCCCUGUAUAUAUGUAUAUUGUGGUGAUGGAAAGUAGAAGGAUAUUGUUGAAAAAAAACUUAUUAUAUGAAUGUGACAGAAUCACUAUUUCUUAAGAGCCUUGAUAAUGCAAAUUCUGAUGAUGUAAAUGUGCACAAAUAAACUAUGGUUAUCCCUGA